AUGAAUCUAUUCCAAGUUUCGGAUUUCUAUAUCGACCGGAUUGUGAACUCAAAGUCAAAGUCUGUCCUCAAUGGCUCUCUCGACAAGCCUAGAAUCAAAGCUCUGCUUUUGGAUAAAGACACCACAGGAACAAUUUCCAUGUGUACAACGCAGUCAGAGCUUCUAGAGCACGAGGUCUACCUAAUAGAUACCCUUGAAAACCAGAACCGUGAUGUGAUGCGUCACCUUAAAUGCCUUGUGUACGCCAAGCCCACCGACGAGACUAUCGAGCAUUUGGUAAAGGAGCUGCAGGACCCUAAGUAUGGCGAGUACCAGAUCUUCUUCAACAACACUGUAGCCAAAACGCAACUCGAAAGGUUAGCUGAGAGCGAUGACCUGGAAGUGGUUAGCAAGGUGGAGGAAGUGUUUCAAGAUUACCAGGUUUUGAACCAGGAUCUGUUCUCUUUGGACGUGAGAAGCUCAAAGCUCUUCUCCCACCAGAUGAUUUGGGAACCGUCUGGACUAGCAGACACCACCCACAGUUUGAUCUCUCUUCUACUCUCUUUGAAAGUUAAGCCCCUGAUACGGUACGAGGCCGGCAGCAGGCUGACUUCUAAACUGGCUAAAGAGGUCAUGCAGGAGAUUCACAAAAAUGAGAGAGCUCUUUUCGACUUUCCGGUGAUGGACUCGCCUCCUCAACUUCUGAUACUCGACCGUCACCAAGAUCCUCUCACCCCGCUGCUCCAACCAUGGACCUACCAAUCCAUGAUAAAUGAAUAUAUCGGAAUAAAGCGGAACGUCGUUGACCUUUCAAAGGUUCCAGACAUUGAUGACUCUUUGGAGCAAGUAGUGUUGUCAUCGAAACAAGACCCGUUCUUUCACGAUACCAUGUACCUCAACUUUGGAGAGCUGGGAGACAAAGUUAAACAGUACGUUUCCAGUUACAAAGAUAAAACAAAAUCGAACGCCCAAAUCAACACCAUUGAGGACAUCAAACAGUUCAUCGGCAAAUUUCCGGAGUUCAAAAAACUCUCGGGUAAUGUCUCCAAACACAUGGCGAUUGUCAGCGAGCUUGACCGUCAACUGCAGGUUCAGCACAUAUGGGACGUGAGCGAAGUUGAGCAAAACAUAUCGGCACAUAUGGGUGAUUCGCAAGUCUAUCAAGACUUGAAAGGCGUUCUUUCCGACGAAAGAGUUAGCGGGUUCCACAAGUUGAAACUUGCUUGUAUAUAUUCCUUGAGAAACGCAACGAGCCCUCACAUGAACGAAAUUUCGGCGACACUGGCAGCAAACGUCUCUCCCGAGGAGCUUAACUUCUUCCAUCACUUUAACAGUGUUUUCCAAACUCGCACAAAAAGUGCAAAUACCGGCAAAGAGAGAGAAGACUUGAUAAGUGAACUAGCCAAGAAGUUCAAUCAGAAGGGGCAACAUAAAUCGGACAACGUGUUUAUGCAGCACGUCCCAGAUCUGUCGGCCAUCCUCAGUGACUUGUCAAAAAACAAACUGCCUGAAGACAGGUUUCCGUUUCUCGAAAAGCCCGGCGCCCGGACUUUCUGCCAGGAUGUAAUUAUUUUCCACGUUGGCGGCACAACUUUCGAGGAGGCGCGCAUUGUACAUGAAUUUAACAGCGGCAUGGCUGGCGAUGGGGGAGGAAAGAUACGAACCAUUUUAGGAGGGACCACUAUUUUAAACACUCGAGAGUUUUUGAACGACUGUCGCGAGGUUGGACAGGGGAGCACAGAAUUAACCGAUCUUUUAUAA